UGCAACCCCACGACCUUGAAUCCAUUCAUGUCCUUCAACCUCGUGCACGUUUCCUCCGAUCUCUCAUGAUGGACACUGGAGAAAAAAGACCGAUGACAGAGCUGGAGCUCCUAAAGAUGCGGAUGCACAAGACCACUGAUGAGAGCCUCGAAAGUACCCGCCGCAUGGUGCAAUUGUGUGAUGAGAGUCAGAAAACGGGCGCGGCCACAAUGCAGCAGUUGCAGAGCCAGGGCGAACAAUUACGUGAGGUUGACCGAAAUAUGGACGAGAUUCAUCAUGAUUUGAGACAAGCUGAGCAGAAUUUGGAGGAGUUGGACAAGUGUUGCGGACUAUGUGUGCUUCCGUGGAAACGUUCCAAGAAGCAGAAAUCCGACCGAUAUUUUCAAAAACCUCCGCCGAACGCACAUCAACCUUAUUACAACACUUCCGUGGGGAAUGCUCGAACACCUGGUUUUCCGGCCGCUGGAAAUCCCGUUACUCCCAGUCAGGGGCCAUUUAUUAAACGCAUUCUGAAUGAUGAACGGGAGACCGAAAUAGAGACUAACCUGCAACAGGUGUCCAGCAUGGUCGGCGAGCUAAAGAACAUGGCAACUGAUAUGAACCAGGAGAUUAAGACGCACAAUGAGCUUUUGGAGCGUAUAGAUCGUAAAGCGGACGCCAACAAAGAUCGGUUAGCUGAUGCCCAAUAUCGAGCUGAGACAAUUCUUGGAAGGCCGACCGCUAAGCCAGAUGAAGGAUCUUCCAAAUUCAAUCUUGGUUUGUCAGCCGCUAAGCUCAUGAUGAAGUAGUAACCACCGUACCGGAGGAAUGCCAAGCACCAAUGUCUGUGUGUGCCUUUCGGACGCUGUGCCGGCUUGCAUCGCAUAUCAGAUCGUUUGGCGUGUUGCCGGACGGUUGCCAGAUUGUACUGUUCUGCUCAUAUCGUAUGCAUUAUGCACUUUCAAUUUCAUGUACCAUCGCAGCAGCCAAUUCUUUUUGUAUUCUGCUUUUGUGAUACUGCCGUCUCGUUUUUUUCUUUCAAUUUUUUGUCUAGUGCAUCUUUGUUAUUUCCUCCUCAAAUUUUCACUCGGUGACUUUACAUAUGACCCCUGUGUCCUCGCGCGUCUGUGUCAGAGUGCCUUUCAUCACAGAUUCACUUCGUCCUCAGCCUAAUUUGUUCCCCACUCACCUUCGUUGGUUCCCGCCGCCUCUUCCACCCCACCAUCAGAAACCCCUCCUUUCUGAUUGUUCCACCUUGUACCGUGUAGGGCGGCGCAUGCAAUACAAACUUUCCACGGUUGC